GGAAGCCGAAGGACAGUGUCAGGACACGUUCCGCGCUGGUGAGACGACGCGACACGAGACUCUCCGUCUCUCGGUGUUUCAUCGACUUUUCCGGCCAGUGUAUAUACGGCGACUGGAAUACGCGGACAGUGGGUGAUAUUCCGUGCUACGAUCGACGUCGUGGGAUCGACGGUGAAUCGGAGCCAGAAGCUACGUACCUGACCAACCACACACACGCACGCAGCCACGCACACACUCGACACACUAUGCAUCCUGGAGCGUGAUGGACAAGUUCGCGUACGCAGCCAGCAACUUCCAGCUACGCCUCGCCGGCAUACUCAUGGAUACGUGGAUAUUCUUCCUGUUCGUCGCCAUAGCCGACGUGGCGGCCUCGGUGGAGUUCCACUUCGAGAACAAGGACGGCGGAUUCUUUCUGAAGCACAUACCGAGGCAGUACUACCCCGUCAGAGGGGAUUCCAUUCCGGCGAUAUCUCCGUCGACGGGGACAUUAUCCAACGGAGUGUCAUCUCCGCCACCGGGCUCCGUUUUCUCGAUAGACAAAUUCACGGUGUUUCAGACGAGCGAACCCGUGUCCGUUCGAGCGAUCUAUGGACCGUUUAGCACGAAGCAGACCGUACCGGCACGCUACAUAGUUCCGGAUCCGUUGGACGCGUUGCCUGGCCCGGAAACGAGGCGAAACCUGACGGCUGCUACGAUUCUGGACGCGCAGGAGUUGGGCGCGCGUCAUCUGGACAUGUCCGCUCAUCUGGUUGGGAACAGCGUGCCGCGUGACUCGCCCGUCCUAAGAGUACUUUUUCAUGCCGGAAGCGAAGCCGGUGGAAGGCGUCAGUUGUUGCUCGCCCGACAUCAAAGAGUCUGCGUGGUCCUGCACGCGAGCCUGGCCACUCCGUCGAGAAGUACCGCCAACAGGAACAACGGCAGAAGCUACUCCUCCUCUUCCUCCUCCUCCUCUUCCUCUUCUUCCUCCUCUUCCUCCUUCUCUUCCUCCUCCUCCUCCUCCUCCUCCUUCUCCUCCAGUUCAUCCUCCGGUUCGGCGCUAACGGCAGCCUGCAGUCCCGAUGGAGAGAACGGAGUUUGCCUGGCGCAGAUCACCAUACCUGCCGAUUGGUGGGCACCGUUACCUCCUCCGGACGCUUCCGGCCGGGUCAAGGUCGCCAAGAGCCUGCCCAGGCUCGUGCAGGUCGCUUACUCGGUGCUGGAGCCACGGACAGAGGAGGCUGGCACGCCUGACAACGGGGCUGGCUUCUGUAGGCCCAGAGUUCAGAUCCAACCCGUCACGCCGCUCGGUCAGGUGCCCCUGUCUCCGAACCGGGUCGAUUACAAGGAGCUCAAGGCCGACGAUUCGUUGACUCUAUUGGUACCCCAUGGUCCCCUUUAUCCGAGGUCUCGGUUGCACGUUCCGGCGUUCCUGCAUCCGUCCAAGACUACCGAUUCGAGGCAGGAAAGGUCACCGGUCGUCAUCGCCGUUUACCUCAGGGCCAGGGUGAAGUCCGGCGUGAAGAUCUUGGACGCCUCGUCGAGUAAUCCGGACUGGAUCGUGGACAGCAAGAUAAACGCGAAGAACACGAUCGCUACCUUCAUCGCCAGGCGAAAGGAGAAUGCCUCGCGAUUGCCAAGCGCGUCGGCGGAGGAGAUCCUGACGAUGCUUCUGGAGGCGAGCGAGGAGGCGGUGGAAGGGAAUUGGGAUGGCGGCCGAAUCGUGUGGAGCGUACGUUACGCUUUCGACAACGGCUCUCAGCUAAAUGGGAUGGAUCAGCUGCAGCAGAGAUUGCAGCAGAGACAGAUGCAACCGCAUCAUCAUCAUCAUCACGCCGAGAGACGGAAGUUGCAGGUUCGUCUGGAGAUACAGAAGGACGACAUACAGGCCGUGCUGCCUAUAUCCAAGAACUGGGAGGUGAUGAACACCGCGGUGUUGACGGGUCGCCAAGUGUCCCAAGGGAUGAAGGUCUUUAUCGUGAGCCAGGCAGGAACCGUGGCCGACGUUACGCUGCAAACAUCCUGUCACUCGGAGGACGAGAGCGUACUCAAGGUGUCAUCUUCCUGCAGCAGCGUGUACGUGGACGGCACGGAGAUCCGUGGUUCCAGCAACGCGUCCGUUCUCGUCAAGUACGGCACUUACACCGGGCUGGCGAAAUUCACCGUUUGGAUGCCAGAAUUCCCAUUGGAAAUGACCGUGGGAGAUACGAGACUGAGUCAGAUUAAAGGCUGGAAGAUCCCGGAGGAACACGCGGCGGGAACCAAGAGCAAACGUAGCCUGACGAACGCCACCAACUCGCGAUCCAACGAAUCCGGCUCGAAAACCAAGAAGAGAAGCGCCGCGGAACUGGAGGAUACCUCGAUGGACAUCGAGGACGCGGACGUGAUCCUGGAGGAGGACGAACAGGAAGAGAGAUUUCGAGGAAGCGACAACGGAUGGGAUGCCAUCAAUUCCAUCGACAGAGGGCCAUCCACCAACUGCAGGCUCCGUUUCCAACAGAGUCCGGUCGAGGUACACGCCAGGUUCCUGGCUACCGAUCACGAUUCCGGAAGGGUCUCCUAUUUCGUGAACCGUCGUACUUGGUUACGCGUGACCGAUCUGGUGAUGGGUAUGCUACGGGUCUCGGAUCCCAGAAUCGCUACCUUGUUGCAAGGAAGGAUCGUACAAGGUCGUGGAGUGGGUAGGACGGAAGUGCAGGUCCUCUCGCCGAUUACCAGCAAAGUAAUCGGCGCGAAGGAAGUGCGGGUGGGUAACGAUCGAGUAGCGAUCACCAGAUUGUCCGUCAAAGUGGUGUCCGGUUUACAACUUUCCAUCAACCCGGAUACCGCUAUAGAGAAUGGCUACGUGGCGGAGACGUCGGUCACGAGGAAACUGACUGCUCAGUAUCAGGAAGGUCUGCUGGACAUAGACGUGGAGUUUUCGGACGGCACGAGAACACCGCUGCGAGAGAUAGCCGUGAACGAUUACCAUUUAUUAGUGGAGAGUCUAGACCCGGAAGUGGUAGCGUUCGCUCCGAUAGUCGCCUCUCAUCAUCCUCGAGUGAUCGCGGUCGGCGAAGGACGAGGCGAUUUGUUACGAGUCAGUCUUCAAUUGGCCGACGCCUGUCGUCUAACCGGCAGGAGGUCUGGAAAAGGUCAAAGGGCCACCGCAGCCGCCCUUGCCAGUGCUUCUGCCAACGUCGAGGUGGACUUUGCCUCGAGCGAUCUUCCCAAUCGACCAGAAUUCGUGCAAAACGACGGAGGCGGAACCGUUGGUUCUCAUCAUCACAGGGAAAGGAAGACCAAUCGAGGAGAGAUGGCGCCCGAUCUCCACGAUAUUCUCAUCGGAGGAAUGGGCGGCGUCGGGAAACGACAUCACGGAGGAGCCCGCAUGAGCCCACUCGAGAUCGGGAUGUACGUCCUUCUGGCAGCCUUCUGUUUCGCCAUCGUCGUCUUCGUUGUCUCCUGCGUGGUCUACGCGAGCAAGUUCAAGCCUCAGCAACCGGACUCUCCGUUAGCUGGCUCCGCGCUUCCGGUCCUCUCUGGAGCAGCUAGGGCCAAAGCGGCAGCCAACCAGCUGGCAUCGGGAAGGAGACCUCCCAGAGAAUCUACCACGAACGCGCACGAUUGGGUCUGGCUGGGUAGAGCUACUCUCGAAAGAGCCGCUUGCGGACCGCAACAGGUAAGAGUGACCAGCAAUCCUCUAGCCGGAGAAACCGAAGGCGAAUCGAGCGAACUGGCAACUUGCUUCGACAAUCCGAACCAUAUCGAGCUACCAUCGGCUGGACAACGCAGCAACGGAUCCGGACCGGUAGAUACCACGACGUACUGCAAGAGGGACAAGCUUCCGCGAAACAGUUUCGCGACCAAGCCUGCGUCGAAACCAUCCACGGUUGUGUCGGCAACCACGGUCGCUACCCCAGCGUCCAUGGCUACUUCCUCGGCUACCGCUACGCGUAACGACAACGACGACAUCCCACCGCCCUUACCACCGCACGGCAUACCUGUAACUACCGCGAUGACUUCGGCGACGAGUCCGGCUGCUCCUGCCAGCGCGGCGAUCAACAACAACGGGAACGAGGACUACAAACCUCCGGUGCCACCUCACAGGAACACAGGGGUGAUCGUGCGACUUCCGGAAACACCGAGGAAACAUCGUCACAGGGCGUCGAACGGCAGCGCGAGCGGCAAUCUUCACGGGAACAACCACCGGCAUAGCAAGCAGAUGCAUCAUAUCAAGCCACACGGUAAAACUAGAGUAGGUAGUCCGAAAGAAAACGACGCGGAGGAAGAGGAGUUCGUGGAGCUAGUGACUCACGAUGACAACAGGCAUUCGAAGGACGCGAGAGCCAGAGAGGUGAAGAGGGCGACGAUCGUCGGUAAUCCGAUGUUCUCGUCGUUCUCAACGAACGCGGUCGCCUCUUCGAUGAACGUGUCCAGCCCGACCGUGGCCUCAUCGUCCUCGUCACCGCCUAACUCGUCGCCGUCCUCCUCCGCCUCCUCUUCCUCCUCCUCCUCUUCGUCGUCCGCGUCUCUGUCCCACGAGCAGGAGGAAUCGGUGGCACUGGACGACUUGAAUCUGGGCAUGGACUACAACCAGAUCAUGCAGUACUUCGACAACCUGAAAGAGUCGAACGCCUAGGUGACGGCGUUCGGCCUCGAAGAAGGCCGAGUAGUCAAGGUCGAUACGAAACCCCGGAUCCCUCGUUGAGAAUCGUGGCACGCGGAUGAGCCCGGCCUCGUUCUCCGCUUCCUCUCUCGCCGCGUAGCACGUCCGCAAUGGAGAACCAAGAUGGCCGAGCUCGCGCCGUUCGAACGACACUCCGGACGUUUCGUAUUCUAGGCUAUAAUCUAGUCAGCUUCCUAGCAGCACAUCGAGAAUUCGCGCAAACGCAUGGACACGAAACACACGCGAGUAUACACGGAAAAUACACGCAUACGAAAAGGCAGGCGCGCGGCGCGCGAGUCAUAUAAGAGGCGCGCGUUCUCCGGUACGCGAACUUAAAACGAUACACGAAACACAAUCGCAGACACACACGCACACGUACACACGCAGAGGCUUUAAAGGUGUGAUCGCCGGUAGCCGGGGUGGGGUAGGUAGAUCGCGCGCUCGAUUCGACCAGCUUUCUUUCUCUUUCUUCGACGAUCGAUCGACCGCCGAUCCUCGCUUCCGCCUCCGCGCACUAUCGAUCUCUCGCUCAAGCCCUUUCCUCACGGCAAUCGAACGAGCCUCUCUCGUUCCUGCCACGCGACAGGGCAUUCACCAAAACGUGGCCGGACAAAAACCGACUCCUUUGUCUCGAAAUCGAUCUUCGGCCUCGAUAGCGACGUCCCACCACGAAUAGCUUGUCUUUUUUAUUCGUCUUUUCGUAGCUUUUGUGUUCCUCCACACUCUAUCCAUCGUCGGUUCCUAACGGAAAGAUAAAGCUUCGCCGGCUGUUUUUCUCUCAAGGCUUUUGUCGCGUUACCCCUUUAUUUUUAAACAGUCGCUCGCCGAGUCUUCCCGACCGUGAGUCUCAGUCGUGGCGGUCGAAAUCGAUAUCGAGACGAACAACGUCCAACACAGGGCCAUUUACUUUUCCGAUCUACG